AGGAAGGGAGGUUAGUAAUAAUUAUAAUUUCUGAAAAUAUGGAGAAUGUGCUUAACUUAACAAGCAGGGCUAAGAGCAAAAGAAUACAGGGAGUGCUGGACAGAAGCAAGAGGUUACAGAGAAUGAUGACUAAGACUACAGAGGGGGAUACCGAGGAAAAGAGGAAACAAAGAAACCGAUUUUUAAGUCCUCAGCCAGAACUCUUAAGUUGAUUGAGGCCUUGUGGGGAUGAGGUAUGUACAGAGAAGAAAGCUAAAAAUAAAUCAAGAAGAUCCAAGAAACAUACAUUAGUCAAAUCUCCAGUUUCUUUAGUUUCCCCAAUGCAAGCUUUGGUGAAACCUAAUCAAACUAUUGAUACUAACUCAAUAGAUUUGUUAAAUUUAAAGCAACAGAGCAAAAUUAUCACCGCUUCUCCACGUGAGGAACGGAAAGAAGUUGAGACGAUAUUAAGGGUUAGAGGAGGGUUCGAUUCACCCUUUCAGCCACUAGCAAGGUUCAAUAGGCAAAUUACAUUUGAAGAAAAAGACUCUCAAACUAUAAAGAAUAGUAGAGUUGCAAUUUGGAGCGAGAUUAGUAAAUUUAUUAAGAAAUAAAGAAUACGACGGACCUCUUCUUUCUAUAAUUCAUAAACAAAGAUGUAAGAAGGAGAUACUAGAAUUCUUGAAGAAGUAUCAUGGAAUCAGAAGGAUUGCACUAUCAAGUUUUGAAAAAUUUAUAGAAUAUUUCAUAACCAAGUUUGCAGACUCAACACCAGAUCUCAAUUCUGAAGAUAUUAGUCGCAGAAUUGUUGCCCAAAAUAAGUUAAAAGAUUACAAAAGUGUCCUAAAAGAUAAAGAUUUUUACUUCUUCUUGAUCAGCAAAUUCAAACUCUAUCUUAGGAACAGACGUAAAAAGAGGAAAAAUAUUAUCCCCUCACGAAUGCAUCAGAAUAAAUCAAGCAUUAGCACUUUAAGAAUAUCGCAUCAAAGUUUAUCCAAAAAUUCCUAUUCAAGCUCUGGCCAGAUGUCUAACAGCUGAGGAAGAGAUAUGAGACAAUCAAUUUUUAGUCCUAAAAAGCCAGCAACAAGGCAGAUAGGUAGCUUCUUUAAGCCUAAAACAAAUACUCUGAAAUGUAUCUUAUCCAGAUCAUCAGUUGGGAGUUCCAAAAGGCGAAGCAAGCCUAAACAUUUAUUCCCGAGUAUCUUAAUCAAAAAGUCUGAGCAAGACAAACGAAAGACUAAUAGUAUCACUUCUGAUAUUGAAAAUGAUAUCAAAAAACAGCCUUAUCAGAGCUUGAUUCCAGAUAUGAGGGAUACUUUGAUUCCUGAGAAUAUUACAAAGGAAAGUGAUGAAUCUCAAAAAGCUGACAAAAGGGACUCUCCUUUUAAGCCACAAAAAUAGAAAUCCUUUCUGAAGACAGAAGCACAAAAAUGUCUCUAAACGAAGUAAAUUUUCAGUGCAAAAAGCUUCAAAGGUAAAGAAGUUAGACAAAUAUUGCAGGCAAGUUCUCAUGGAUAAUUCAUAGAG